AUGAUAUUCGGCGCCACGCAUGCAGCGUCAGCAGCGAUACCGGUUGCAGCUGGAGGUACAGGACGGCUGCUGCACAGCUACGGUUGCUGCUGUGCUGGGAGAAGAAGAUCUACCACGACAAGCCUACUGGGCGAGAAGGAGGAAGCGCCGGCGGGGCAGUGGGAGGAGGAGGAGGAGGACUCUUCGACAGUCAGCUCAAGGCUGCAGGACGUCGUGAGCCAGUUGCAGGGCGAGCUCCGCGCAGGGACCACGCCACAGGUGCGUUCCAGCAUCAAGCUGGACAGUCUGUUCGCCGACCUUCGAGGCCAAGAAGACACCUCUCGAGGGCGCAACUCCAAAACACCAACCACCACCGGACCCAAGACCAUCCCUCCCAAAUCACCGAAACAACCGCGUCGGUUGCCCAGCGGGAAGUUUUGUGCAGCGGGGUCCGGGGACGCCGCGUUGCAGGAGACCGACGACCUGGAGUCCCUCUCCAACAUGCUAGACCGUGUACAGGCAAGCGCUAAGGCUCGCGAUCUGGCCGAGGCCGAGGCGCGUUCGCUGGAGCUCCGUUCGGGAGGCCCUAUCGGAGACGACCCGGCCCGGUCGUGGGUAACCAUCGGCAACCAGAGGGACAUGAAGACGCGGUUCAGGAACAUACGGGAGGGACGGGUGGGCUGGGCGGUCCUGCCCCUGGUCAUGAAGGCCAAGCAGGCCGGGAUACCGCUGAGCACGGGCGUCUACAACGCGGCGAUAGCGGCCUACUCCGGCACGCCCAGGAAGUACGAGGACGCCCUCCGGGUGCUGAACAUGCUGAGGCGCGAGGAGGACCCCGGUGUUCGCCCCGACCUGGGGUCCUACAACGCGGCCAUGUGGGUGUGCUCCGAGGCAGGCCAGUGGCGAUUGGUGAUGGAGUUGAUGACGCAAGCACGCGAGGAAGGCAUAGAGCCGGACACGACUUCGUACAACAACGCCAUGAGGGGGAUGGCCAUCCAGAAGCAGUGGAGGCGUGCGCGAAAGCUGCUCAAGAGAAUGGUGUCCGAGGGGCUUUCUCCCGAUGUCCGGACCUACAACGGGCUCGUUGAGGCGGCGGGGAUGGGGAGCGCUGCUCCCCGCAAGCACAUGAUCGAGGUCGUGCACGAGAUGGAACAGGCGGGCGUGGAGCCGAACAGCUACACCUUCACGACCUUGCUCAACUGCUUGGCUCGGCGACGCAAGAUUUUCGAUGGCUUUCAGGUUAUGGCCAGACUAGUGGACGCGCGCGCGCCUCUGCUACCACACGGGCAUCGAGCCGGCCUCCAGUUCUGCGACGCGUACGGAGACUGGCGCCGCGCGAUGAUCCUGAUGGAGGACAUGCGCGUCGCCAAGCGCCGCCCGUCUGGCCCGAUGUAUCUGCUAGCGGUCAAGGCUUGCGCGAAGGGGGCGCAGUGGGAGCGCGCGCUGUCUCUCAUGGUGGAGCGGCGAGCGUUGGACGUGCGGGAGGAGAAAGAGGCCAACGAGAAAAACGGUGGGAAGCCGUUGCAGCGGCAGAAAAUGGAGGCCGCGGCGAAGGCCAAGAAGCAAGCGGCAAGAACGCACAUGAAAACCCUUGAAGUGGUGCUGAGCGCGGUGUCGGAGGCCGGUCAGUUCGAGGUGGCCAUGCGCCUCGUACAGCAGAUGCGCGCCGCGGGAGGCACGCCAAGCAAGAAGUGCUACCUCUACACCCUUCGUGCUGCCUCGAAGUGGGGUCGCUGGGACGUGAUCGAAAGCCUCAUGAAGGACAUGCGUGCUCUGCGCGUCGGAGUGGUAGCGGAAAAAGAGACAGACGCCAUGGAUGACGGCGUUGUUGUCAACAACGGGGAGGGCAAGGGGGGAGGGGGUGAGCAACAUCGGCCCAGGAUGUUGAGCUCGGACUGCUACGCGCCGUUGGUGGAGGCCUACGCGCAGGCGUCCAUGUGGGAGAGGGCGAUCGAAGCCUACCAGGAGGGGUUCGUGGUCGGGCGAGAAGGCGGUGAAGCGGGGCCGGUGAAGUAUCGGGUGUUCGAGUGCGUUCUGAAGGCGUGCGUCGAGGUUAGCGACGGCCGCACUGCGUUAGAGGUGAUCGGCCGUCAGGCUGCGGAGCCGAAGGCGUUGCAGAAGCUGUCGUCUGCGAUCACCACCGAGGGGGAGGGUAAGGGGACAGAGCUCAGCGGCGGCCCCCCGGAUCGCCGGUGCUGGUGCCUGGCCGCGGAGGCGUUGGGGAGAGCGGGGAUGAUCCAAGAGGGCCACCGCGUGCUCAUGGCGAUGGUCGACUCAGGGAUCCCGCUCCGAGAGUCGACCAAGACGGACGUGCCGUCCCUGAUGCCACUGCCAACGACGGGUGGUGGCGGUUUCGAGUGGGACCAACGCCGGCGACGCAGACACCCCAGGAGACGGCGACGGCGGCGACGGCACCAACAACAAGGGGCUCCUGGCCUACCGCCCCCGGCUGCCAUGGCCGAGAUGCAGGAGGCGGUGGUUCGAGAGCGCCUGGGUUUGUUCUCCUCCAGGGAGGACGGCACGGGGGGGGGCUCCGCGUUGACCGGCGGCCCGAGAGAGUCGCGGAACGCCGUCCAGGUUUCCAAGAGUUAUCUGAGCGGCAUGGAGUUUCCCAAGGGCGUCGUCAACGGGGAGGGGUGCACUGCGGCGGCGGUGGCGGCGGCGACGAAUGGCGGCGAGAAGACGCUCGGGAUGGGGUGGCUGCUGGCGAACGACCUUGCUUCGGAGAAGUCGGAGAUGGAGCGCGACGUGCAGGAGGGCGGGCUGGAGAGAAAGCGACGGCGCAUGAGAGAGUUCUCCUUGAAAAGAAGGGAGCAGCAGAAGAAACUAGAGCGCAUCUGUACGACGGGUGCCGGGUAUAGAAGUGGCAGACUCAACGGGGGCUUGCCCGUGGGAAAGGCCGAUGAUGCCGGGGUGGGGGUCACCGCAGGGUUAGACUUGAGGCCGGGAGGUAGGAGAGGCAGGAACGAGGCGCUGACGUUGCGGAUGCGGGUGAGAGGGAGAAGAAUGGGGAUUUUGAGGAGUUUUAGAGGUGCGAAUGAUAGACCGAGGCGGAAAGAAAGAGUAGAAAGUGGUGGUGGUGGUGGUGGUGGCAGUGGUGAUGGAGCUCGACCGGAGGUGUUGUAG